GUAAAGAGGUGCAGUGCCAGGCAUCAACGUAAAAAACAAAAUGGCAGCUCCCAAGAAAACCGACAUGGACGACGUCGAAAAGAUUGAUUUUAACCCUGAAAAGUAUCCUAAAGAAAUUGCAAAUCCUCUACGCACAUUUCAAAAGUCGUUAAUUGAAGUAGAGAAAGUUUUGGCUCCGUUGAAAAGAGCAUCACUUCCUGAUCUCAAUUGUAAGCUGCAGGCUCUGGAUCGCGCUAAAAUGGAACUUGUUUCUGCCUAUGCCAUCAACUCCAUGUUUUGGAUGUAUCUCUGCACACAUGGAAUCAAUCCAAGAGAGCAUCCCAUCAAACAUGAACUGGGGCGUAUACAAAAGUAUAUGAACAGAGUGAAAGAGAUUGCUGACAAAGAACUUGCUGCCAAACUGGACAAAGGAGCAGCUAAGCGUUUUGUGAAUGCGGCAUUAUUUGAUGCAACCGAAGAAAAACCCAAGAAAGGUAAACGGAAGUUGGCAGGGAGCUCAGAGGCAGGGCCAUCCAAGAAGAGGUGACAAGUCUCUUUGUUAUUGCAGAAGUUCAAUUUAACAGUGAAAAACACCGAAGGACUCGACAAGCUUCCUUGUGAUGCUUCAUAUGGGGACCAUCUAUGUAAAGACAGUGUAAAUGAAGUGUUUAAGGCAUUAGAACAAGUCCCAGUUAGUAUUGAUGGGUGAAUCGGCUGUGGUUGUUGGCAUCAAAUGUUGUGCAUGGACCAAGAAGUGUCCAGCAUGGAGCUUUAUGUUGUGCACUGAAAUUUUAGGAUGGCCAAAAGGUGGCUAGUGUUGGCUGAUGGUCUGCCAUUUUGUUAUUCAAACUGCUUGUAAAGAUAUUUUCUAAUUGCGCGAGCGUGUUGAUUAAAACUGCAUUAGCACAGAAACACAUGGGGAAUUUGAUUCUCAAAAUGGUACAUCCUAGAUUUAUCAGGGGUAGUCCAAUAACAUCUGGGCCCAAUUUCAAAAAGCACGUAAGCAAAAAACUUGCUCAUCACUGAAAAAUCUUGCUUAACAGUAAUUGGUUACCAGACAAAAGUCCAUUAGUUUAUGUUGUGGCAACUGGUGCCCCACUAAUUGUUUUGCUUGGUAAAGACAACUAAGCAGUAUUUUCUGCUAAACAGCUUCCUAAAAUUGGGCCCAGGUAAAUUGGGUCAAUAAUGAAAAAGCAUUGGAUUUGAGGUCUUAAUAAUUGACGUUAUUAAACUCUAAUUUUUAAACAAACCAAAUCACUCCUGUCAAGUUUCUUGUAUACUUAUUUAAUUUGAUCACACACAACAAUCUUUGAUCAAACUCAAACCUAGGCAGGAGACCUUUCAACAUUUCAUUAUCAUGUAACAUUCAUAUCCGGACGUUUUUGAUAAAAUCCAACAGUUAUUGUUUAUAUUUUCUUUAACAAAAUGUUCAAUAAAAUAAUCCAAUUUGAGAAGAUAUCAGAAUGAACACAUCUAGUUUGUAUGAAUGUUUGGUAGAUCAGAAGUUAUGUUCUAAUUCAGAAAAAAAAAUUCGGCAGUUUGUCAGAAACGAAAUUAAUGGUGCUUAGAGAAGCAAAAAAACUGAGCUGACAUUAUUUUACAUAUCUGUAUUCCAAGCUUCCCUGGGUUACACACAUGAAGAGUGCAGGUAUUUGUGACAAACCCAUGACAUUGGAUUAUAUAAGGUAUUAUACAGGAUUAGUAUAGCUGACAAAAUAUUAGUAACAGAUGGUGUUCAUGUUUCGUGUGAUCAACCAUGUACAAGAAAAA